AUGACAAAUGAUGAAUUGAUAAAAGAAAUCAGCAAGAAAUUAUUUGAGGAGUUAUCUUCUAUACAUACCAUCAACCCACCCGUUUGGACACCUGCCCUGGAGAAAUAUAUUGAUAAUAUUCUCAAUAAAUCCAAGAAUGAUUUUAAGAGGGCGGUUCUGGAUGAUAAUCCAGACACUGGAGAUGAAUUAUUCUAG